AUGGAGACAUGAGACUUGUUACAAAACAGCGUUUUCAGCAUGUGGCGCGAACGUUAUCCAAGACUUUCAGCUACCGCUGUGUGUGUGUGAGUGGAGAGUUUGUUUUUGUGCGUCGGCUGAACGGAAGAAAGUUCUUUGUUACGAAACUAAAAUGUUGACAAGACGAGUGAAACGCAAAGCUGCUGUGACGACGGUACAGAAAAUGGAGAGGACCCCAGUGAAUCUGGAGGAUGUUGUGCGACGAACAUCUCGACAAGCGCUGACACCCAAGCGUCUGCAAUACUCUCCUGAAAACAUCAGCACAGCUGAAAAACCUAAGAGGAAAAAGAGUGAGCUCAAAGAGCUUUCAGAGUAUGAACUGGAGCGACAAGAGAACAUCAGAAGAAACCAAGCAUUCCUGUCCUCCAUCAAUUUGUUCCAGGCCUCUGAAGAUGUCAAAGAGCUGACACGCCCAAAGGCAUCACAGAGGGGUCUCAUGAGGUCACAGCCUGCUGCAAAAGAAGUGCUGCCAGUUCGUAAAUCCCUUCGUCUCCAAAAUAUAGAAGCCGAUCUUUUGACUCUUCCUCCUGAACCCAGGGACACGCCUGUCAAUGAACAGUCUGUGUCUCUCAAGAAGUCUUCUGGCCCUCUGCCCAUGCAUCCAGUCAACAUGGAGGAGGGCAGCACACUGCCUUCACAACUUUUUGAGCUUUUCUCUGAGGGCCCAAGUGAGGAAAGCAAGGUACAGCUUGAUCUGAAGAAGUAUACCUCAGUCCUGAGGAACAUGACGCUGACUGAGGACAGAGUGGCCAAAGUGGUGAAGGAUCGUAUCUUCUCUGCUGCUUUCCACCCCUGCACCAGCAGCCUGUUGAUGGCAGCAGGAGACAAGUGGGGCAAAGUUGGCCUCUGGAAGUUGGGCAGUGACUGGGGUGAUGAUGGAGUGCUGCUCUUUGAGCCUCACACUCGUCCAGUGGGCUCUUUGCUGUUCUCCAAGGCUCAUGCCAGCCAUCUACUGAGUCUCAGCUAUGACGGCUCUCUGCGCUGCAUGGAUCUACAGAAGGCUGUCUUUGAUGACGUGUAUGACACUGAAGACGGCCUGAAAACAUUUGACUUCAUGUCACAUGACUGUUCGACACUAGUUGUUGGUAACUGGUACGGAGAAGUUGCCAUCGUUGACCGGCGCACCCCAGGAAACUCCCAUGAGUCUGUCCACUCACUGGACCCGAAGGUUGUGCGCUGUGUCAGCGUCCACCCUGUGCAGAAACAGUACUUUGCUGUGGCAGAAAGCAGGGUAGUAAGUAUCUAUGACAGCAGAUGCCUGAAGAAAACGAACAGCAAGGCGGUCUCCCAGCUGCACGGCCACUCUUUAAGCAUAUCCAGCGCGUAUUUCUCCCCACACACGGGGAACAGAAUUCUCACUUCCUGCAUGGACAAUUGCAUCAGAAUAUAUGACACAUCUGCACUGACAACAGAAUCUCCCUUGUUGAAGAGCAUCAGACAUGACAUGAAAACAGGCCGCUGGCCGAGUAAACUGUCAGCAGUGUGGGACCCCAAACAGGAAGACUGCUUUGUAGUGGGAAGCAUGUCGAGGCCCCGGAGAGUGGAGGUGUUCCACGAAAGUGGCCAGCCUUUGCACUCUUUCAUGGAUUGUGAGAACCUUACCACAGUUCUGUCCAUCACUGCUUUUCACCCCACAAGGAAUGCCUUAUUGGGGGGGAAUGCAUCCGGGCGGCUGCAUGUCCUCUCUGACUAGGUCCAAAACAGGACAGACUAUCACCUCAGGUUGCCUUUAGAGAGGUAGAGGAAGAGAGGAAAUACAAAGUCUCACUGCUGGUUUGUGACAGUAUUGUUUGUUUCUUCCCCUGUUGAGCUUUUAUACAGCAUUGUCUCCAUCCGUCUCCAUAUUCAAAUCUACUAGGUGGUGUAAAAUGGUCAGACAAUCUCAUACUAGUAACAUACUACUCUGACAAUAACACAUGACAUAUAACAAUAUAUAACAAUAACAAUAUAGUUCUCAUCUAUUUACAAUGAAACACUCAUCUGUGCGAUCAUUGGGCUGCUUAUUAGCCUGUUCUUGUUUAAGAUGCAGUUAAACGCAUCAUUGGACUUUGAUAGAAGACAGCACUGUAGUUAAGUCUUUGCUAACCGUCCAGACACGGUCACGUUUCCUGGUGACUGUUAAUGAUCAGAGUUCUGUCUGAUAUUCUGGACUCCAGCAUGAUGUUGUGUUGUGAAGCCAGUCCUCUGCAGAUUUGUUUUUCACACUUUUUUGUUUCCCUCUGCCCUCAUUUUACCCUCUGCCUCAACAAGCUGUCAUGAGGAUGCAGAUACGUCCCUUAUGAUGGAGAGGAAAGAUCAGUAGCCGUUAUGCUCAGUUAUGGUCCAGUUAGAUAACUUAAUACCCCAAAUGUCUGUAUCUAGUCAAUUCUUAAAAUGUGUUCACUCUACAUUGUCGUUUAUGUACAUUUGUCAUUAUUUGUAAAUUUCAUUAUUGUUUUUUAUGUUACCUUUUGAA